GCAUUUGGCUCUGCUUCAGUACUCCACGUGUGGGCUAAGGGCCUGCCUCUCCCUGGGAAUGAAGCAUGGGCGGGGCCAGCUCGUCACCGCCCCCUGCCUUGCCUGGGAGACCAAGAGUGUCCCUCCCGCCUUGGCUGCAGCUAGGCCAGUCCAGGCGAACCAGAGCGGUGCUUCCUGCAGUCCUUGUCAGAUUUGUGCCCUGCGAGACGGGGAGAGCAGCCUCCUCUUCCUCGAGUUCGCCGCUCGUCCGAGCCGGAAUGGGAAUUGAGACCCAAGAGCCGACGCGUUUCCCGGACAACGGCUUCCCAGCAGGGGCGUCCGGCCCGGCUAGAGCCAAGAUGUCGUCAGUGGGGAAGGCAACCCAGGUUCCGAGCGGCAAAGUCUACCAGCAGAUCUUCCAGGCUCAGGUGCAGUUGGUCCACUCCUUGGCAGCCACCAGGAAGCGCGCUAUUGAGCAUUCUGUGACCCCAAAGAGCAGCAGGAUACCUGUGAUGAAGAAAGAGAUCCCCGAAGGGGAGACAAUGACCCCUCGGCAGCAGAAGUGGAGGCAGAGCCUCCCCAAUGAUUGGGUGACAGAAAACCCUGUUCUAUCCAGGGAAAAGGAGAAAACCAGACGGGAAAAGGCACGAGAGAGUGAGAGCCAGAUUGCUGCCCGAGAAGUGCGGGGCCUCAUGGACACCAUUGUGCCAGAGAGGACGAGCACCAUCACCUUAGAGAGGCAAGAAAAACGCAAGAGGAGGAACUACGACAAUGCUCUGGCAAGCUUUCAUGAGGAGAUCGCACAGAUUGGGAUGGAAAUGGAACCUCUCAUCUUGGAGACAGGGGGACAUUUUUUGAAAAAGCUGUCUGAGUCUGAUGAAGACAUCAACAGUCUCUUCAAAAAGGUGGAAAAUGAUACCAGCCUUGAGGACUAUACCAUCCAAACCUUGUUGGAGCUAUGGGAUAAGGUGGCUGAGAUGUUCCUGGUCCAGAAGCAGGAGAUUAAGGAACUGGAUGAAACAUUGCUCUCAAUAGAGUUCUCCCGAGCGGAUAAGCUAAAGAGUGUGUUGAAGAAAUAUGUGGAAAUCAUAGAGAAAACAACCUACCUCCUGCAGCCUGAUGUGUACAAGCUGAUAAAUAAAGAAGCCAUGAUCAUUAACCAUGCCUUACUGGGCAACCGAAGGGCCAUCACCCAGCUGAACAUCAACCUGAUGGAGGCUGCCUUGCAGAAGGAACUUGACAGCUGCCACCGCUGGCAGGGUUUGGUGGAUGCCUGGAAGACUCUCAAGAAGGAGGUGCUGCUGCAGGGUUUCAGUGAGUUCAUGGCCAAUGAGAGUAUCCAGUCUCCUCCCGCUGUACAGAAGGAGCUGGUGGAAAUGCUGAAGACCCAGGGUGUCCUGCAGCAGAAGCGGCAGGAGCAUCUUUGCACCAUCUGUAACCUCUUGCCCCCAAAUUACAACAAAGCCAAGCUGACCGCAUGGCAAUCUUCUCUCAAUGCCCUGAACAAGGAGCUUGACACCUACCACAUGGACUGCAUGAUGCGGGUCCGCCUGCUGUAUGAAAACACAUGGCAGGAGUGCCUGUCCCAAGUGCAGAAUUGCAAGGCACAGCUGCUGGACUGGAAGGCUUUCACCGAAGCAGAGGCUGAGAACCUGGUGAGCCCAACCUUCCAGAUAGUGGGUGCGCUCCAGAGCAAGGUGGAAGAGGAGCUGGAACUCCUGGAUAGUUCCUUUGAAGCCCUGGCCAAGCAGACAGAGUGGCAGAGCUCAGAGCUCUUCAGGUACUUCCGGGAGGCUGUGCAGCUCUGGGAGGUGCACCAGAGCAUUCUGUCACAGCAGGAGCUGGAGCUCGAGAAGAGAAUGGAGCAGCACAGGCAGAGGCACAAGCUGGAGAACCAGGCCCAGGAGGUACACUUUGAUAAGCUCUUAGACCAACUGAGGCAGCAAAGCCAGGAAGAAACACUGAAGAUAUACCUGGAAAAGGCCAGAAAUUUUCUGAAGAACAUAAAAUCCAGGUAUGAGUGCUUUCAUAUCCACCUGACCAAGGAAGUGAUGGAGUACCCAGAGAUGAUACUGGAAGAACUCAACUCCUACAGCUCCAACCUCAGCCAACAUUUCUUCACUUGUGAAAUCUUUGAACAGAACUUGCUUGGGGAAGUCGUUUUCAAAGUCAGACAGCAAGAGUUACAUGAAAAGCAGUUCCUGCAGAAGAUAAGGAGAAGACAAAGGUCUACAGCAGAAAUAAGCAGAAGUGAAGAAAGCAAAAGUAGAGGGAUGGAUUCUUCAAGGCCAACAGAAGAGACAGAAGAAGAAAAAGGUCAAGAAAUGGUGUCCUCUGGAACUGAAAAGGGGCUGAGUGACCAGAUAGAUGAGUCCAGAGAGAGCUCUGUGCAAGGAUCAGAAGAAAUGCAGGAUGAAAGAGAGAACUCUUCAAAAGCAUCCCUGAGCCUGGAAAAUUUGAAGGUUCAGGAAGAGAAGGAGAAGGCAAAGGAGGAGGAGGAGGAAGCACAGGAAGAACAAGAGAGUUCCUCCGUGGGUGAGGCUGAAGCUCAAGAAGAAAGUCUGGAGGAGAUGUAUUAUGAGGACAUGGAGUCCUUCACAACCUCCAGUGGAAAUACUUAUUUUGUCCUCUUAUCUCUGGAAAAAGAAGAGAGCUCUAGGAGGCCCUACUCCAACUUCUCAGCCACACUCAUCAACAACACUCCCAGCACUAAGUUCAUAGAACAAGUGAUAAUUCCAUCCGGACUAGUUUUAGAAAUUAAGAAACAACUUCGAGCUGGCUUUUUUGAACACCUCGAGAAGUGGUUUGCUCAAUGUGUCCUCAAUGCCCGGGUCAUCGUGGCCACCAAGAUCAGUGAACUGGAUUCAGAAUUGGAGCUGCGUCUGCACCUGCACAAGCGAAGAGUCCAGCACAUAGAGAAGGACAUCCACAAUGUCAGGGCAGCUGAGCUCUUGCUUCACAAAGAACAAUUGGACAGCCACUGUGCUGGGGUGGUGGAGAUGCUGAAGAAGGAAAGGCUGAUGUUCUGCCAGUUCCAAGAAGAGCAAAACACAAAGAGCAAAAUCUUUCACCGCAAGAUCUUUGACAUGGAGCACAUCUUCCUGAACACCACCAAGAGCCAAAAGCUGGUCAUUCUCAGCAGCACACUACGUCAGGAGCUGCUCAGCUAUGUAGAUGUCACCCAGGUGUCCCUGCGCAGCUUUCGACAGUACUUGGAGGAGAGCUUGGGCAAACUCCGCUACACCAACAUGGAAUUCAUCAAGCACUGCAGAUUGUUUUCAGAGGGAGGCAACUUUUCCCCUGAAGAAAUCAACUCACUGUGUCAUCAACUGGAGAAGGAAGCUUCUCGGAUAGAGUUUGUUGAAAGUUUAAUCAUAAUGACUAUGGAGAAGAUGGAGAGUGAAUACCUGGACCAGGCCAAUGAUGUCAUCAACAAAUUUGAGAGUAAAUUUCAUAACCUGUAUGUGGACCUUGUUUUCAUGGAGAAAAUCCAGAGGUUGAUGACAAAUCUACAAGUGAACAUCAAGUGCCAGGUGGCAAAAUCCAACUUGCAGACAGAAGGAUUAAAUUCUUCUCUGGAAGAGCUUCAGUGCAAGAUAGAAGCUUGUAGAGGCCCAAGAGGAGAUAAGACAGUGGUGACCACAGAAGACCUCCUGGGCUGUGUCAGAACUUGGAAAGAAAAACUGAAUCAGAGGAUUAAGUACCUCAACUGCAGCCUGGAUAUGGCGUCUGUGACUCAAGAGGUCUGUAGGGACACUGCCCCGACUGACCCAGAGGUAGAGAGUGACAAUUGGAUGUCUUCAGGGACCCUCAAGGAGGAGGCCAAGGUGGGCCUAGUCAACCCUGAGUCCUUUGCACAGCCAUUCCGCAUGGGGAGGCCAAUGAUUGAAGACCCUGCUGUGGAGGUGGUCAAGAAGAUCCUGCACACAAGCUCACCUCACCAGUGUGAUAAAGACCGGACACAUAAAGUCUCGAAGCAACAUCAUUGCCAGCCAGAGAGCCCUAUGAAGAAGGCCUUGCCUAGUACCAGUUCUACCUCAGCAGCAAGCCUCACACGGCAUUCCAAGCUCAUCAAAAUGGAAAGAAAGUACCAGGUGCUCGGGAACAAGUCUCCUCCUCCAGCUGAGGACUUUAAAGGGAUCAUCCUGACCCUCCUGUGGGAAAGAAGUGAGCACUUGCUGUCUGUUGCAGAGGAUUUUUACCGAAAAGAGAAGCGCCCAGUCACCAGGCCUGACUGCAUGUAUGAGACUUUGGACCAGUGUACUGAGCACAUCAGUAAGAAGAUCCUAGAGUACCAGAGCCAAACCGAUGAGUACCACAACUCCUGCCUCAUGGAAUUGCGACUCCAGAUGAAGAGAUUUGAGGAGCUGUUGCCCCAGGUGUGUUGGCUGGUGACGGAGAAUUUUAAGGAUCAACACUGGCAAAAGUUUUGCACCACCAUGAAAGACAUCCGGGCAGAGUUUGAGAAGCAGCAAAAGCAGCUGGAGAGAAGGAAGGAUCAAAAUGCCCAGAAGCUCCAUCCAAAUCUUGGACACCCCCAAAAUUUCCAGCAAAUGAAGUCUCUACAUGCUUCAGAAAAGAAAAGACAAGAAGAGCUGAACCAUGCAAUCAAGAUGACCAGGGAAAGGUUGGAGGAAUUUGCAAGGAAAUACAGCCACUUGUUCAUCACCAGCUUAGCCGCUUUCACCGAGAAGCUUCUGUUGCAGCUGGAUGAAGUGGUUACUGUGGACGACAUCCAGGUUGCCAGGAUGGAGCCCUCCAAACAGAAAAUGUCAACCCUUAUACGGAGGAGACUGGCCAGGCUCUCCCUGGAGGAAGAGAGUGAGACGCCUCUGAUCGAACGUGGGAGCAGGAAGUGGCCAGGAAUCAAGCCCACGGAAACCACCAUCCGAAACAAGAUUCUUGUUCAGAAGACACCCUCAAUAACCACCUCUAAGACCACCUUGGGCCACUUGGCUGCGGUGGAAGCCCGAGAUGCAAUGUACCUGAAAUACUUAGCACUGUUUGAGGAGCAGCUGAAGAAGAUCCAUGAUGACAAUGUGACACAAGUGAAGCAGGCUCAGUGCUGGAAAGACAGCUGGAUACGCUCCUUGGACACCAUCCAGGGCCUGUACCUGUGACCCCACCGUGCCCCAAGUAAAGUUAUGUUUGUGCACACGUC